AUGGAGGCUCAGCCUGGAAGACUGCGCUUCAGAACUUUAAAAUUGCAGAAGUUCUCAGAUUCCCGGAGGUUAUCCUUGGGCUCCUGGUGUGUAAGAGGAGAAGUUGUUCUGUGCUACGUGUUAAUCAUCGCUCAUUUGGUGGCUUCCAGGGAUUAUCUUGAACACAUAACAUCCUUUGGCCCCAGGACUACAGGAAGUCCAGAAAAUGAAAUUCUGACUGUGCAUUACCUUUUGGAUCAGAUUAAACUGAUUGAAGUUCAAAGCAACAGCCUUCACAAGAUUUCAGUAGAUGUACAGCGGCCCACAGGCUCCUUUAGCAUUGACUUUUUGGGAGGUUUUACAAGCUACUAUGACAACAUCACCAACGUUGUGGUAAAGCUGGAACCCAGAGAUGGAGCCCAGCAUGCUGUUCUGGCUAACUGUCAUUUUGACUCAGUGGCAAACUCACCAGGUGCCAGUGAUGAUGCAGUCAGCUGCUCAGUGAUGCUGGAGGUCCUUCACGCCUUGUCAACGUCCCCUGAAGCUUUGCAUCAUGCUGUCAUCUUCCUUUUUAAUGGUGCUGAGGAAAAUGUUUUGCAGGCCAGUCAUGGUUUCAUUACUCAGCACCCCUGGGCCAACUUGAUUCGUGCAUUUAUUAACUUGGAGGCAGCAGGUGUAGGAGGGAAAGAACUUGUAUUCCAAACAGGUCCUGAAAAUCCUUGGUUGGUCCAAGCUUAUGUUUCAGCAGCUAAACACCCUUUUGCAUCUGUGGUGGCUCAGGAGGUUUUUCAGAGUGGCAUCAUUCCUUCAGAUACUGACUUCCGCAUCUACAGGGAUUUUGGGAACAUUCCAGGAAUAGACUUAGCUUUUAUUGAGAAUGGAUACAUUUAUCACACCAAGUAUGACACAGCGGACAGAAUUCUAACAGAUUCCAUUCAGAGAGCAGGUGACAACAUUUUAGCAGUUCUUAAAUAUCUAGCUACAUCUGAUAUGUUGGUUUCUUCUUCUAAGUAUCGCCAUGGGAACAUGGUCUUCUUUGAUGUGCUUGGCCUGUUUGUCAUUGCCUACCCCUCUCGCGUUGGCUCCAUAAUUAACUGCAUGGUGGUAAUGGCUGCUGUUCUGUACCUGGGCAAAAAAUUGUUACAGCCCAAACAUAAGAUGGCUAACUACAGGAAGGACUUCUUCUGUGGACUUGGUAUCACUCUGAUAAGCUGGUUCACUAGUCUGGUGACCGUCCUCAUUAUAGCAGUGUUCAUCUCUCUGAUUGGACAGUCUCUCUCAUGGUAUAACCACUUCUAUGUCUCCGUUUGUCUUUAUGGAACUGCUGCUGCAGCCAAAAUAAUAUUUAUACAUACCCUCGCAAAAAGAUUUUAUUAUGUGAACGCCAGUGACCAGUAUCUGGGAGAACUGUUUUUUGACAUCCCGCUGUUUGUGAAUUGUGGUUCCCUUAUAGCUCUCACUUAUCAAGGACUUUGCUCGGCAUUUAUUAGUGCUGUCUGGGUGGCAUUUCCGUUGCUCACAAAGCUUUGUGUGCACAAGGACUUUGAGCAGCAUGGUGCCCGAGGAAAAUUUAUUGCCUUUUACCUUCUGGGAAUGUUUAUUCCUUACCUUUAUGCAUUGUACCUCAUCUGGGCGGUGUUUGAGAUGUUUACCCCUAUCCUGGGGAGGAGUGGUUCGGAAAUCCCACCUGAUGUUGUGCUGGCUUCUCUUUUGGCUGGUUGUACAAUGAUUCUCUCCUCUUAUUUUAUUAACUUCAUCUACCUUGCCAAAAGCACCAAAAAAACCACGCUAACUUUGACUUUGGUGUGUACAAUUACAUUCCUCCUUGUUUGCAGUGGAACUUUUUUCCCAUACAGCUCCAAUCCUGCCAGUCCGAAGCCAAAGAGAGUGUUUCUUCAGCAUAUGACAAGAACAUUUCAUGACUUGGAUGGACAAGUAGUUAAACGAGACUCUGGAAUAUGGAUCAACGGGUUUGACUACACUGGAAUGUCUCAUGUCACACCUCAGGUUCCAGAGAUCAAUGACACCAUCCGAGCUCACUGUGAGGAGGACGCACCCCUCUGUGGUUUCCCAUGGUAUCUCCCAGUGCACUUUCUAAUCUGGAAAAACUGGUACCUUCCUGCCUCAGAAGUUUCUCCAAGAGAACCUGUUCAUUUCAGACUUAUAUCCAAAGAACAGACACCUUGGGAUUCCAUAAAGCUGACCUUUGAAGCAUCAGGACCAAGCCAUAUGUCACUGUACAUUCGAACCCACAAAGGGUCAACACUUUCUCAGUGGUCUCUUGGCAAUGGCACCCCAGUCACAAGUAAAGGAGGGGACUACUUUGUAUUUUACUCCCAUGGACUCCAAGCCUCUGCAUGGCAGUUCUGGAUAGAAGUACAGGUCUUGGAAGAACAGCCUGAGGGAGUAGUCACUGUGGCGAUUGCUGCGCACUAUUUUUCUGGGGAAGACAAGAGAUCCUCCCAGCUGGAUGCUCUGAAAGAGAAGUUCCCAGAUUGGACGUUUCCUUCUGCCUGGGUGUGCACCUACAGUCUCUAUGUGUUUUAAUCUUGUGAAUGAGCCCUAAGUAAAUGCCCCGUGGGAUACACUUCAGGUGACACGGUCUCUCCUUAUGCUACAUGGAUAUUUGUAAUGUAACUCAGUGGAUUUUAAUGAGCAUGUGUUCAAAGAGCUUUGUGGGCUGACACUCUUCAGGGCCGAGCACUAUAGUGGUUAUGCUGUGGGUCAGUGGUACAUGGCCUUUUUAACACUUGAAAAUGCCAGUUUCCUGGCGCUUAAGCACAUGUGGGUGCUGCCACUACGCUAACAUGUCACUUUAUAUGACCUUAAGGACAAAAGCCAACAAACCACUUCAACAGUUGUCCCCUGAGGGUCAUGAAAGAUGUUGAAAGUACUACAAGACCAUAAUUAAUGAGACAAAUGACAUUUCCAGUUGAAGCCCAAGACCAUUUGUUGUCAGGGGACGGUGGGUAAAUUGUCAGUCACUGCAGUAAUGGUUCCCCUUGAGACCUAACUGUAGGCCAUCAGGAAGCUAUUACAAAAAGGACUGAGGAAGCAGCAUCGGGCUUUUGAGGUCCCAGCCUGUGCUAGAAGAAGUGCUUUUUCAGGCAACUUCAAGCAUGUGCUUUGGGUCUCUAGUGAAGCCCAGAACCCCUGGUGUGGAAGCCUGGGCUCAGCUGGUGAUUCCUGACGAGUGGUCACUGAAAUCCAUCGUCAUGAUGCUUUUCUGAAGUUGUUUCAAUGCCUGUUUCCCUCUGAAGCGUAUCUGCUCCCCCUCUCCAAUUCUGUAGUCCUCUCUGGGUUUUCACAGGUUCUUUCGGUUCAGAAUGCUUGUUUGUGCAAGUGUAGGACCUUAACUUCCUGUCUCAGAGCAUUGAGUUGCCAAGGUGGCUAUUCUGGGGAGGGAGGAGAGUGGGGUCAUAGCAGCUGAGCAUUUUAUAAAUAUUUAUUCCUUGUUUUGUAGAGGGAGUUUUCUGUUAUCCAAGGUUAAUCCUUAAGGGCAUAAUUUUAUUGAUGCACAGGGUCCUUAUUUUUCUGUUUCCAACCAGCUGACCAGAUUGGUUUCUCAGUAACUCACUGUCCAGCAGAGCUGGCUUUCCUGAAAGUUGAGAUUGUGGCUUAUCCUGAACAAGCUCCCUGUACCUGUUGGGGUUCAGAUCCUGUGUUAUGGCAGCCCUAGGACUUGAAGGUGCUUUUCAUUUUGAAGAAGGUGGCCGUGUAGCUUCUGAGGCAUAUCACAGCAGUGCCUCUAAUGGAUUCCUGGCUCCAGCAGUGGAAGGGUUUAGUGAGAUCAGUGGUAAAUUUUGCUAGCUUUUACAUUUUUACAUUUCGCUGAGAAAUGUAAAAUGUUAGACAAAUUCUGAGUUUAGUAAAAGGAGAGGCCCCCGAAAAACAUUUUAAAGAAAAGCUAUAGUAAAAAUUUGAGUAUAGUGUGUAUCACGGGAGGAAAUUCUUGAAGCUGCUUGUGAUUUCUUAAUCAUGCUCCUCAUGUUGCCUGUCUGCCUAAUUCGUGGCUCUUUAAAACUCACUGGGCCCACACAGAGCUGCUGCCAGAGCUGUGAUAACAUGCUGGCUGUGAUGUGCAUGGACACCAGAGCCAUUGCUUUUUUUUUUUACUUUGUAGAAACCACACAUUACUAGCUUCAAGUGCCUGACUCCUGCCACAUUUAUCUGUCAGCAGUAAUAAAGUUUGAAGUGUUUAUAGCUUGUAUGGUAUCACAGUUGUGGAGGAAAAGUUAGAAACAGUAAUAACUCAGUCCUCUGCAACUGUAGGUUCCACAUCCACAGAUGGAAAAUAUUCAGGAAAAAAGUGUUACUGACAUGUACUAUGUAGUUAGGCCUACAAUGGUUGCAUCAGUACUAAACUUGUAGACUUUUCCCCUUGUCCUUAAAAAAUACAGUUAUAACAACUAUUUACAUUGUAUCAGGCAUUAUUAGUAAUGUUGGGAAGAUAUAUGUAGGCUAUAUGCAAAUACUAUGCUAUUUUUAUAUGGGAUUUGAGCAUCCAUGGAUUUUGAUAUCCAAGGGGGUGCUGUAACACACCACCUGGAUUCCAAGGGAUGGCUAUACAAGCAUUUUUUUGUCCUUUUGAGUAAUGUGAAACUGAUUACCAGAAAUUAUUUUUAGAAAAGAAAGGGCAAAACCCCAAGUGUGUUGUAAUUUUUUUCCUUUGGGAGGGAUAUUGUUACUUUUAAGUAACAAUCAUGGUUUUCCUUAGCAUUAUAAAGCUCCCAUAUUAUAGAAGGUUGGUAACAAAAUGCUUAAUAGUCUGGGAGACUGUUUUAAUGGCAGAAAUGGUUAAGUAAUUCCUAUAUCAUGGCUCUGUUAAUAAGCACACCACUGUCAGAUCAGCAGCCUCUGAAAUUUAAGAAUUCAGUAGUUUUCUGUUUCUAGUAUCUAAUCAUUUGAAUAACUCAUUUCUAAAACACAUUUCCUGCAGAAAUUAAAUGUGAGUAGCACAGUAUUGCACAUUCAGGGAAAGUGUAAAGAAUUGUGAUUUUGAAGGAAUUCUUUUAAGAAAUAAUUUACAUUGUGUUAACCUAAAAAUGAUUGUUGUAUGAAGUAUUUGUUUCCACAGUUCAGCAGAUGCAAAUAAGCACGAUAGGAUUCCUACAAUGUUACCACUGAGGGGGCCAUAACCUUCCUGCCAACUCAGGAAGCUUUAGGAAGAAUGACUGUCACUUUCUUUUCACUGGUUUGCUGACUUGAGGAUUAAUUGUUGCCUUACAAUGUUACUGAAAUAAACUUUUUUAAUAUACUGGUUAGUAUCUUUAACAAAAAA